AUGCAAUCAAGCUGCAACUGGUGCGCGCUGUGUGUUCUAGUCUGGUCUGCACUCGUCUCCGCCUCCGCACUGCCUGCACGGACAUCCUCGAGGAAAGGCGCCGUCACUCUACCGUUCAUCAGACACUCGCGCAAAGUAACUGCAAGGGAUGAUGGCGGGGUCGUGGUGGGUGGGACUGUAGGUCUUGGCGACUCGCAGGAUCUUUUCUACAGCGUCGCGGUGACCGUCGGCAACACCACCGUGCCUGUCAACCUCGACACCGGCUCGGCAGAUUUGUGGAUCCGGACUUCCGCGUGCCAAACUUCGCAAUGUACACAGUCUAAUGCGGGGCCACCAUAUGACGACUCGAAAGGCUUUCAGCCAAGCGGCGGCGACGUGGACCUCAUAUUUGGAGACUCGGUGACGGGCACACACGCGAGCGGUCCUGUCGGGCGUGAUACGGUGACACUCGCGGGCCUGGUCAUGGAGAAGCAACCUCUGGCAGCCGUCAAUGACACGGACAACUCCGCUGUGGCGAGUGGCGGGUCAGGCAUACUUGGACUUGGUUUCUUCUCCCAAAGCUUCGUACAGGCAGCGAUCGUCAACGCAGAGACUGCGAACUCGAGCAUUGACACGUUCGUGGAACAAACCGCCAGCUCUGGCCCUAUUGUAUCGCGCCUCAUCAUGUCUGAUGUGAUUGACGAGCCGUUGUUCUCGAUUACACUCCAGCGCGAUACCAUCGAUGUCUCCGGGCAAGGCCAGAUCACCAUCGGUCAGCUGCCAGAGGGCAUCGACAACUCGAGCCUGACGUGGGUCCCUGUUCGCCUGUACGACGCUAGCGUGGGUGGGCUUUCACCUCCGUCUUUGGCACCGAACGAAGUAUAUCCUCUCCGCUGGGAGGUUGAGCUCGAUGGUGUGUUCCUUGAUGACAAAAUACUUUCAGUCUCCUCGCAGCAGGCAGUCGGGAUCCCGAACCCCUCUCUAUCUGCCCUGAUCGACACUGGCAACUCCAUCCUGCGCGGACCCAACGACGUCGUCAGCAACAUCCUCUCCACCGUCUCGCCCGCGUUCGCCGCCGACUCCUCCGCGCAGCCCACAUUCCCCUGCACCGACGCGCACUCACUCAUGUUCCAGAUUGGCGGCGUGCGCUUCCCCGUCGAUCCCCGCGACUUCGUGUCGCAAGCAUCCGGUUCGGACGGGCAAGCGGCGUGUGCGGCGGGCAACAUCGUCGCGACGGACGCACCACGCUCCGGCUCGCUCUUCAGCUGGAACCUCGGGGAUCCGUUCCUCAAGAGCAACCUGGUGGUGUUCUACUACGGGAACUUGACGCACCCGUCGGUGGACCCACCGAGGAUGGGGUUCAAGUCGCUCGUGCCGACUGACGCCGCGGACUUGCUGGAGGACGCGGUGGGGGAUGCGCAGAAGGCGGGCGGGAACUUCGAGAGCACGUCGGACGCGGCGCCUACGGCCAGCAGCCUCAUUCACGAAGACGGCGCCGCGAGAGCGACUGGCACAGCCAACGGCGCGUUGUCGGCCACGGCGAUCUCGCCGUCUGGUACCUCUGGAUCCUCUGCGACCGACGCCGCCCAGCCAAAUUCUGCGCAGAUGUCGUUGAAAUAUGCCGUGGGUGGCAGCCUCUGGAAUACGCUGUUCCCGGUCAUAUUUGGUUCCGUAAUUCGCGAGUUGUGAACGAUUGUUUGUUGUUUGUAUCGAUACCACAGCUGUCU